UGACAAUGAUGAUUCAUGCACCCACCCAGCAAUGAGCAACCCAAACAUUAAUCCCUUGCCAGCUCCCACGAUGUCUCUCUAAACUCUCCUCCCGUCUUCUGGGUCUCACUCAAGAUUCAAAAAUCCAAUCCAACAUCAAAAUCCUUGAUUUUGUGGAAAUUUUACAAGAAUUAAUCAGAGAUACUUAAUAUAUAGCAGAAAACGGGAAAAAGGGGGAAUUUUUCCCUUUUUUUUUAAUUUUAUUUGCAUCAUGUUAUCAAAUUUAGACCACAACAUCUCCAGCUCCACAGUUGAAUCCCGGCCACUGGAACCCUCACCGGCCCCCGCACUGGAGCCACGCCCACCAACAUCUUCCGAUGAAGACUUCUUCUCCUCAACCUCCAUAGCCUCCUCCUCUUCCUCAGAAGACAUCCAGACCAACCACUCUUCACCACCGCUUCCGCCCGCGGCACCGCCACCACCACCGCCGCAGAUCCCCAUCUCUUGGCCGGCAAGUGGGGCUAUUUCUCGAGAAUGGGUCAACGAGUUAAUGAAUGCGUUUGAAUGGGCUUCGAGAGCUGUUCCUCCGCAGGAGUUUCCUUCUCUUCUUCCGGUUGAGGUAUUCGAUCGGCUAAUCCUGUCCGCCUCUAAAAUUUUGCAUAAAGAGAAAAAUUGCGUGAGUAUUGAGGGUGAAGAAUUAGGGCGGGUGUCAAAGGUUGUGGUGGUCGGAGACUUGCAUGGACAGUUGCAUGAUGUGUUGUUUUUACUGAAGGAUGCCGGAUAUCCGGGUGAAGAUAGAAUUUUUGUGUUUAACGGGGAUUAUGUUGAUAGAGGAGCUUGGGGUCUUGAGACUUUCUUGCUCCUCCUUGCAUGGAAGGUGAUUUUGCCACACAGGGUAUUUCUUCUUCGUGGAAACCAUGAAUCCAAGUAUUGUACUUCAGUGUAUGGGUUUGAGAAGGAGGUAUCAUGUAAGUAUGGAGAUAAAGGAAAACAUGUCUACCGCAAGUGUUUAGGAUGUUUUGAGGGUCUUCCUCUUGCUUCCAUCAUUGCUGGGCGUGUUUACACUGCACAUGGUGGGAUUUUUCGCAGUAUUCCAAGUACUCCUUCAAAAAGAUACAAAGGCAAGAAGAACCGUAAAGUAAUUGUCGACCCCAACUCAAAUGCAUUAUCUCUUGGUUCAUUUGAAGAGCUAUCUAAAGCUAGGAGAUCUGUUCUUGAUCCUCCUUGGGAAGGUCAAAACUUGAUUCCCGGUGAUGUUCUUUGGUCAGAUCCAUCCAUGGAUCCAGGUCUUUCCCCUAACAAAGAACGAGGCAUUGGUCUUUUAUGGGGUCCAGACUGUACGGAAGAAUUUCUGAAAAAGUUUGACCUAAAGUUAAUCAUCAGAUCACAUGAGGGUCCUGAUGCCAGGGAAAAGAGGCCUGGACUAGGACAAAUGAAUGAAGGGUACACCAUAGAUCAUGUUGUAGACUCUGGGAAGCUGAUUACAGUCUUUAGUGCACCAGACUAUCCACAAUUUCAGGCAACUGAUGAAAGGUACCGGAAUAAAGGAGCAUAUAUUGUUCUUGAGCCCCCUGAUUUUGACACCCCGGUUUUCCAUACUUUUGAUGCGAUUACUCCUAGACCAGUGGUGAAUCCCUAUUAUGACUAUGAAGAUGUGAUUGAUUCUGAUGAAGAACUGGAUAUGGCAUCGAUGGUACCAGCUACAUGAAGUUAUCGACGAAAUGCUAUAUAAUUAUAUACCUUAGAACUACUUGGAUAUCUGUGCGUGUUUGAGUUAAUGGUUCUUGUAUUCUCUAAUUACAGCAAUUUUUUGUUUUCUGUGUAAAUUUUCUUGGUUCAAGUUUCUGUAUUGUCCUUUGCUCCAGGAAGCUUGCAGCCCCUUCCACUGUAGAAUUUUGCAUCGAGUUUCAUAUAGUGUAGAUAGCAAAUAGCUUGGAAAAUUUUGUCAGAACUAUCUAUGAUACUUGUAUAUGAUGACAUUCAGAGUCUUCUUUUGAAUAUUCUGGAGGUAGAAUUUCUCUCA